GGAAAUGGGCUGAAAGUACUGUCUCUCUAGGAACAACGGUAUUUCAUGACCUCACCUUGGGUGACUGCAAGCUUGGCUGGCUGUCCCCUCCCCUCUUUUGCCUUCAGCCUUCAUCUCCUCAUGGGACAGCCUUGACUAGUCAGCUCUGAACACCUUAUUCCUUGUUGGCAGUCACGAUGUGUGUCUGAGCAAAUAGCAGACACGUCACCAAUGACCAGCUCUACCUACCCUUUAAAUCCCAAGCCUGGAGAGGUCCCCACACAGCAGACUGAGUGGUGACACCUGUACACCUAGCCAGGUACACAGCACAUGGUCACCUCCCGACUCAACAUUCCAUCCCAUCCUCAGUUGCUGCAGACCUGGAUCCCAAACUGCACUCAGAAGCCUUCAGAACAGGAUCCAGGCUUCCGGGGAGCCAAGAUGACGGCCCACCUGCCACAAGAGAUCUCCAGCAACUGUGGCUCUACCACCAUCAUAGAACCUCCCCGCUGGGGUCAGCAGAGCGGAGAAGAGAAAGUAGAUAAGAUGCCCCUCCACCCAGAAGACAUCCGUCCUGAGCUGAAAGAAGAUAUAUACGACCCCAGUUACCAGGAUGAGGAGGGGCCCCCGCCCAAGCUGCAGUACGUCUGGAGAAACAUCAUCCUCAUGGUCCUGCUGCACUUGGGGGCCCUGUAUGGGAUCACACUGAUUCCCUCCUGCAAGGUCUACACCUGGCUCCUGGUAAUAUUCUACAAUGUAGUUGCUGGUUUGGGCAUCACAGCUGGGGCUCAUCGCCUGUGGAGCCACCGAACCUAUAAAGCACGGCUGCCCCUGAGGCUCUUCCUCAUCCUGGCCAACACCAUGGCUUUCCAGAAUGAUGUGUAUGAGUGGGCCCGAGAUCACCGUGUCCAUCACAAGUUCUCAGAAACAUACGCUGACCCUCACAAUUCCCGGCGUGGCUUUUUCUUCUCUCACGUGGGCUGGCUGCUCGUGCGCAAACACCCGGCUGUCAAAGAGAAGGGCGGAAAACUGGACAUGUCUGACCUAAAAGCCGAGAAGCUGGUCAUGUUCCAGAGAAGGUACUAUAAGCCAGCUGUCCUGUUCAUCUGCUUCAUCCUGCCCACACUGGUGCCCUGGUACUUCUGGGGUGAAACUUUUCAGCACAGCUUAUACAUCGCUACUUUCCUGCGGUAUACUGCAGUACUCAAUUUCAGCUGGCUGGUGAACAGUGCUGCCCAUCUCUAUGGAUACCGGCCAUAUGACAGGAACUUUGGCGCCCGAGAGAACAUCCUAGUUUCACUGGUAUCUUUGGGCGAGGGCUUCCACAACUACCACCACGCCUUCCCCUACGACUACUCUGCCAGUGAGUACCGCUGGCACGUCAACUUCACGACAUUCUUCAUCGACUGCAUGGCUGCCCUGGGCCUGGCUUACGACCGGAAGAAAGUAUCUAAGGCCACUGUCUUGGCCAGGAUGAAAAGAAUUGGAGAUGGGAGUCGCAAAAGUAGCUGAGUUUGGGGUCAUCUGGGUCUCUGUUCAAUAGACCAGCUGGGCCAACAUUGAGUGUUCUGUUAACUACUGAAUAGUGCUACCAAAGCUCACUCCUGAACAAUUAUGGGGGGGGUAGUGGCUGUUCUGUCUCUUUAAGAGACAGGCCACGCCCACUCCCUCCCCCAUUUG